CAGCUGCUCCCCCCUCCUUUUUUUGGUAGGUGGGUGCUUGGGGGCGGGGGUGCCAGGGAAGAAGGCUGGAGAAAGAACUGGGCACGAUUCUGGCAUUAACCACCGCUGUGGAUAUAGGCUGAGCGAGAUACGAUGCCAGGGGUGCCCCCUUGGGAAUGGGACCUUAGGGAUCUAACGCCGUCUGAGGACGAAGAGUGGGGGGACGGAGAGGGAGGACCGCAUACCGCGAACCCACCCAGUGGUCCGGAGUGGGUGCUGGAGAGGCCCGGUGCCUCAGCGAAGGAAAAGGGCGAGUGGAGACACGUUCAAGGCGGGACCGGAGAGGAUUUCCCCGGCGCCGCUCACUCACUGGUCGGCUUGCUUGCCAUCAGUCGCUCCCUCAGUCCUUGGUCGGUGUGCGCACUCCCUCCGGCACCAGGGAGUAGUUUUGGGUGGCGUGGGCUCAUUCCUCUUCUUGGCUGGUGGGAACAGAGUGUUGAAGAGAGGAAGCUCGGUGGGCCUGGCCCCUCCCAGCCCAGCGCCGAUGAGUGCCCGGGCUCCAAAGGAGUUGAGGCUGGCGCUGCCGCCGUGUCUCCUCAACCGGACUUUUGCUUCCCCCAACGCUAGCGGCAGCGGCAACACAGGUGCCCGCGGCCCGGGUGCAGGCGGCGGCGGAAGUGGUACCUGCAUCACGCAGGUGGGACAGCAGCUCUUCCAGUCAUUCUCCUCCACGCUGGUGCUGAUUGUCCUGGUCACUCUCAUCUUUUGCCUCAUCGUGCUGUCCCUGUCCACCUUCCACAUCCACAAGCGUAGGAUGAAGAAGCGGAAGAUGCAGAGGGCUCAGGAGGAAUAUGAGAGGGAUCAUUGCAGCGGCAACCGCGGUGGAGGGGGGCUGUCCCGGGCAGGUAGUCAGGCCCAAAACCAUGGAAAAGAAAACAGGCUGGAGAGGCAGUCCCGGGACUCUGCCUUCUACGCCCCCUCCAACUUCUCCGGUUCCUCCUCCUCUUCAUCCCCUGGUCUUCCAAGCCAGGGUCCCUGUGCUCCUCCGCCUCCACCGCCAGCCCCCAGUCCACAAGGAGCACACGCAGCCUCCUCCUGUUUGGACACAGCUGGCGAGGGCCUUUUGCAGACGGUGGUACUGUCCUGAUUGUGUAGCCCCUCUCCUCACCCCUUUUCUCGUUUCCACCAUCUUUACCAUCCUUGCUUUUUCUCCCUCCUUCCUUCCUUUUCCAUUUUCCUGUACCACUUCUUUCCUCUUCCUUCUUUCCUUAUCUGCCCUCCCUUUUACUAUGUUUCUCCUCCGCCGAGGCACUGUGCGGUAUUUGUAAAUAUUGGGCGAGGAAAGUCUCGGAAGAAGAAAUAACGCUGAUAAAUCUUUAUUAAUAUUUACAGUUAUUAUUAUUAUAUUACUAACAACACAAUCCAAGCGCAUGACAAAUCACAUACUUUCUCAUUGUCAAUGAAGGAUGCAUCUUCCCUCUCCACUCCGUGCCCCCCCUCAAUAAGGAGGAGAAACCGCACAAGCUACCAAAUACAUAAAAGGCAUUGCCACCAGGAGCAAAGGGAGGGGAGGGGGCCGGUAAUGUUGUAUAUAGCUGUCAAGUUAAAGGUUUAGUUACCUUUCUUCCCCUUCACCCCCCCCCCCCAGCUUUCACUUUUUCUUUAGCUUUUCUCCACUCCCCUUUUCUCACCCUCAGCUGGGCUCAGGCAAUAGUAUAUUAUUAAAAAAAAAGUCUACAUUUAGCACCAAGACUACAACGAGGCCACAGAGAAAGUCCCAGAAAAACGUUUUAGGACAGGUAACCCUCUCCAGUCAGCCAUCUUCUCACUCUUUGGCUAACCAUUGCCUUUUCCAGGACAGAACAUUUAAUUUACUUUUAGAAAUGUCUCUCGCUGGCCGAGCAUAAGUACAUUGAAAUCUUUAAGUGAGUUAAAAAAAAAAAAAAAAAAAGAUCUGCUUUAGAUCCGUGCCCCACCACACUUGUACACCUUUGACUUGUGGCAUUUUCAGGAGUCAGAGGAUCGGGAGCUGUCCGUCCAGGUCUGGUGCUGAAAUCGCCUCACCAUAAUGGUUACUUCCUCUGAUUGAGCAGGCGGAGGAGGGGCUGUUUUGGAAAGUGAUUGUACUGGCUUUUGGUUGGCUUCUUUCUUCUUUUUCUACAAUCGGGUUAGCGUGUACUAUUAAUUUUAUUAUUAUUAAAUGUUGCAUAAGUUCCCCCCCCCCUUUUUUUUUGUAAAAAGAAAAAGUAUUUGGUGAUGUGCAGUACUGAAAGUGCAGUAUCUAACCAACCAGAAUGUUUGUUUUAUUUUUAGAGCAAGUGCACCUUUGUUAUAUAUUUAUUAUAUUGGUACCAAAUACAGAAGAAAACUAUAGUUCUGUACUAUGUCCUCCAAACUGUAUAUUCUUGUUCUUACUUUCCAGCUGUUGAUAUAAUGGUUACCACUGGAUGAGGAAUUCAGUGGGACAGGCCUGGCUUCUCCUGUUUCCAGAAGUGUUCUUUUGUACCUUACUCUGUAGUAGACUGUUAUAAAAAGAUGACACAUAUGUUUCCCUUUUUCUUUUGUGAAUAACAGAAACAACCACAGCAACAGAAAACAAAUAAUGGAUGUGCAGGAAUGCCAUCUAUUAAAACAUGGUUAAUAUAUAAACAGUGCCUGUAGUUCUCGCUGCAUGCAGUUACCACCUGGAGGCAGUGGUGUGUGUGCUUGCUUGUACUGUGUGUGUUUGGGGGUAAGACUGGUGGGGAUGUUGGGCAAUUUGAAUGACAGGACAUGCAAAUUUCAAGAGAAGUUAAAUCAAUACAUACUUGUAGGAUAAAAAAUGUUUAUAGCUCGUUUGUUAAAAAUCUGUGCCUGCAUCUGAGAAACAGCAAAGGAGGGGCUCUCCUCUUUCUGAAUCUGACUUAGCUAACUUCACUCUAUCAGGAAAAAAUAUUGAAUAGAAAAGAAAGUUGAAGAAGAUAAAUAUUUUUCCCCUCUCCUAAUGCCAGACAAGCCCAUCUGUGUUCGAAAUGGAGUCUGGCUGUGGUUAUAUGCCACUUUGUUUCCCUUCAGUGGAUAAUAGAAGGGGCCAUAAGCAUAUUACAAUCUUAAUUAUAUGCAGUGGCAUCUCUUCCUGGAAACUAACUCUUUGAUGGUUAUUCAAAUAUUUGGAAAAUGUACAAAUGAGAAUGAUCUACAAAAAGCUUCACCAAAAAUAUCAUUACUAUCCUGCUGGGUGAAAGGCAACAGUGCCCCUAAGUAUAUUCCUCUCCCAAGUAACUAGUUGUUCUAGAUUUUAUGUCUUGAUUCUAGGCAUAUAUGAUCUUACCCAGAGAAAAAAUAUUACCUUUGAUGUUUUUGGUCAUCUCUUGAAUUGCCCAAGCUCAAUCUGCAUCUUUUACAAAAAUAAUUUCAUAAGCUUAAUUUAAAACACCGUUAUUCCUUCAAGUCCUUUCCUGAGGCACAGAAGAUCAUCAUUUAAGCAUGACAUAUUGGAAAUAUUAGGAAGAUCGGGUCUCAUCUUUGAAUACAAUGUAUUACACAAUGAACCAGAUCCUCUCUAGUGCCUUAGUCACUUCUUAGUAAUAGUUAAAAGAAUGCAUUAACACUCUCAGGCCACUAGGGAAUCUGUUAGUGCAUCAGAGCUCUACAUUGUACACCAGAAUGACUAAGGCACUGUGAAGAAGAUAGUCCAUUAAUUUUUGUAGCUCACCCUCAUCCAGCUGUAGUUCUUUAAUACCUUAUUACAGAAUGACUUUUGGACUUGAAAUUGGAAUAGAAUCAGGAACCCAGAAGGGAGCUUCCUCAUUUCCAAUGAGCUAUACUGAAGUGUAUGAAUAUUACUUUCUUCCCUUAUUUGGUGCACUUUUUACAGUGAAUAAUUUCCCAUUUUAUUAAAGCAAUAAGAUAUUCUGUUAUGAACAGUUCUAGAUGAUGAUUCCAUUUCCUUGGUGCUGAAGCUACUUAUGUGUUCCGGCCUUAUGAAUCAUAGUGCAUUUAAGGCAUGCAAUAAUAAUCCUCUUUAAAGGAGCAGACUGUACACCCUGGGGGGGGGGUAAUGUCCUAUAUAAAUUUUUUCCCAAAGGAAUAAAGGGAUCAAGAGAAAUAAAAUAAUCAUAUUUAUUGUUAAAAUAUCUUUAUACCUCUAAACAUGGGCAAAUAUCUGCAAUAUGCUCUUAUUGUGCACUUUUAAAUAUGCCUUUCUCCAUUAAUUGACUAUGGUUUGAUACUCUUAAUAGUAUCCUGUGUAAAGAUGAUGCAGUCUGGAGUUAGUCAAAUUUUGUACUGAGUUUAAUAUGUUCAGAACCCUAAACUUCUGGUGGUGUCACAUGAUAUAUUAUGGGAUAGAAAGGGAAUUAUAUGAAAUUCUAGUAAGUCAGUCCCCAUACAAAUUAUUACAAUAAGCACAUAUUCAAGCAAUUUGUAUUGACCUGUUCAAAAGCAUUGCUUCUUAUAAAGCUCAAUUGACAGUCCCAGGAGUUUGGGAAGCUACCAAUAGGGCUUUUUAGUAUUCACUUAUAUAAAACAAAAGGUAAUUUGGAAAUAGUUAAAGUUAUUUUAAGUGUUUUAUUUAUUGAUGUCCCGUCAUACUAAUUGCUUCAACCCCUAUAGCUACAGCUCGACUUCUGCACUUGCUAUUCAGUAUUAAUAAGGUGGCAUGCUUGAUUCUUAUUGUUUUAAAAAUGAGAAAAUUGGAGAAAGAAUGCCAUUAUGUCAACUGUAUGGAACUCUGAAUCUUAAAGACAUAGAUGGAUAUAAUCUUUAGAAUUUAUAUACACCCAUAGAUAUGUAUUUAUAUAUGCAUACAUUUUGUACAAAUUUACAGUGGACUUUUGUAUUCUCUUUUCUGUCAUUACAAGAAUGAGAUGGAAACCAAAUAGUUGUUCCAUCCUCUUAUCCAGAGAGGAUACUGAGAAGUCAGGUAUAUGCAUGCAUUUAUUUCUCUGGAGUCGAAUCUGAAAGACUUUCUCUUUAUUUAAUGAAAGGGAAGAGUCUUGAUUGGCUCAGGAAAUUGGUAAUUAGAUAAGCUUCCUUUCCUAUGUUAGUGACUCAAAUGUAGCAAUGAUAAUGAAGGUAUGACCAUAUCAAUGCAGUACAACUAUCUAGGUGGAAUGCAGAAUUAUUCAGAAGAGGCUUACAGCCAUCUAGACCACAAGCCUGGGUUGUGGUUUGAUUUUUCCUUUUCAACCUAAAUGUUGUGUGAGAUAUAACUUACAUAAGCAUAAUUAAAGGUAAAGUAAAAAUAUGACAAUUAUUUGUUUAGUUUGAUAGUUUUUUGGAAGACAUGGACCAAUUAGCUUAAAAAAAUUUUGUUUGGCAUCUGACUUCUCUGCCACUUCUGUAUCAACUGAAUUAAUUAGAUAAUGGUUAAAAUUAAUUUUUCCAAUGUGCAGACAUAUGCUUUAAAUGCUUUUCUGUGGAUGAUAGCUAAGCAAUUGCUCGCUGAUAUUAUGUGGAAUUUAUGAACUAAAUUAGAGCCAAAACCUUUAAUCUAAUCUGGUUAGCCUCCUUGAGUCCAUGCCCAUGUGAAUCAGGACUUUGAAUCUGAAUCUGAAAAGCCACUUAUUCUGUUUAGAACUAGUCAUUGUGGCUCACAGAUGUUUCAGUUUAUAUAAGAAUGAAUUACUCUAAAUGAGGGAAUUUAAUCAUUGGACUGAACAUAAAUCUGAUUCUAAUUUGGGUUUUAAAUUUAUUUGGUAACAUCUGAGAAGCAGCUUAUAUGGCUUGAUAUCAGUACUUAUUAAUGUCACUAACCUAGUAAUAAUACAAUUGGUGCCAUGUAGGAAUGCUUAGCUGAGAAUAAGAGUUUAAUUAGCUUUAACUGGGGACCGUGACAUAUCAAGGUGGUCUUACCUUUUUGAGGCAGGGAUGUUACUCUAAGACUUGUGAUUGCAUUGGGUUAUUACUAUAGAGAGAUUAAAAAUAACAAAAGAGACUGCAACCACAGCAACAGUAGAAAAACUGAUUUUUGAACUUGAGCAUAUCCAAUAGGUAGAAUAAAACAUAUUAAAAUUCAUGAAAAAAUUUGUUUUGCUUUUCUAUCAAUAAAAGAGUUUUCUUGCUAAUGGGCCUUUUGGACACUACUUUCUUAUUAUAAUAUAACAGGGUUAUAAAAUUUAUUCUAUUAUACGUAGAUACAAUUUUCUAAAAGAAACUGUCAUUUAAAAAUUUUAUAACUCAUCUUCUCUUCCUCACAAACCAAGUGCAUAUCAGAAAAGGGAUAUGUAUAAAAUUUAGUACAAACCAGUAAACUGAAUACAGUUUGAUAAUUUAAUAGCCCCUUUAGACAGCUCUUUAGGCUCUUGAGGGUAUAUGCUUAGGUUCUGAUAUUUCCUGUGCUUAAAUUUCUCUAAUAUCACCAGGAUUGUCAAGGAGGGAUUCUGUUGAUGUGAUUUUAUGCUACUUAGGGAGAAGGGAAGCCUCAGAUAUAUAAAUUACAACGACUCCUAGGUGAACCCUCCUGAGAAACAGGUGGUCAGGGCUGCUCCCUAGUCAGAGGUGUUAUUGUCUGAUUUAGCUUUUGUGCUGACCAUUGUAAUUUUAGAUCGUGGACCUUUGUCCUAAGUCUCAAAGUCACCAUCCACAGGAAUCUAUGUAUCCUGACCCUGUCAUCCCUAGGUCUCCCAAUGCUCACAUGUUGCCCCUUUUUGAAGAUACAGGAACUUCUGUGUGCCCUGCAUUCCCUGCACCCACCAUUGAAAAGUGUGGGUUCUACCUCAGGAUAAUGAAUUGAUUCACUAUCUGCCACCUCAGAUCUCCUACUUCUGCAUCAUGUUAAUGCCAUGCAGGUAGAGUUCUUCUGGAGUCACAUAGCCAUACAUGAAUAUUUUUGGUGUUUGUGUGCAGGAUUGCCAUUUUUUCUCCAAAACUGACUAUAUAUUUAUCAUAUACCAUCAUAAUGUGGAGAGAAGGAACAUGAAAACUUCAUCACCACCUGCUUCAUUUUUCUGUCUUUUUCCAAAAUUGUUCCAGACUGAAAAAAAGCAGGUAUUUCUCUUAAGGUCCACUUUUAUCAAUGUAAGACUCUUCCUACUAUGGAUAGUUUUUCACUUCUGUAAUGGACUUAGUUUCCUUCUUCCUGACAUUGACCUUGUGAUGAACUCUUAAUGGUAGUUGGAUAGGGUUUAGGAAACAGAAAGAUAAGCUUACUGAUAAGGCACUCUAAAUUAGAACAUAACUUAAAAUAAAUAUAUCAUGCCAUCAUAGCAAACUUUUGUUUUCCACAAAGCACAUGUGCUCAUGAUUAGGGUCUUCCUUCCCUUUUCCCAAGAGCUUGUUUGUUAUCUUGUAUUCAUGUCCCACUAACUUUAAUCCCUGGCUAACUUUAAUUCUGGCUACUGAAUGAAUCUUUUAAAUCAUGAUUGUGUCUCUAAGAAGGGACAAACUAUUCCCCAUACAGGCUCAUUACUUCAUCCUAGUUUAUGUGCAGAAAAUUCUUGAGCUGAGAUGAAUUUCUAGUGGAUAUUGACUAGUGAAGUGGGGAUGAGUAAAUCUCUCUACCUAAAGGCAGUAGCCAGUAUAGAUUAGAGAUACAGCCCAAUCUCUACCCAAGCUCCUCUUUACUCCCAGGAGGUGCACAGUCUUUAACCUCAGCUAUUUGACUCAAAGAUAAAUAUUAAUUUAGUUAGCUCUCAUAAACUGGCAUGGAUCAGUUCCCUGGAUAUUUCUGUCUCUCUGGGUGAACUUAAUUUAUGAAAUAUUAGCUAUGUAUUCCUUUUCUGAGUAAUUAUUGAAGUUUAAUAUCUUCUAUCAUCUCCAAAUAUGUUCAAAACUUUAAAUGAUUUUGGCAGUGUUGGGUUUCCCUCUCUGAAAAAGUAGCUUUACUUUUUAAAACUUUGAGAACAAAAAGGGGCUUUAGUGAUAACUUUUCUUAAUCUCUCUUUUCUGCCUUGUGUUGACCAUCCUCUAUUUGCAUCUGAAGAUCUUUUAUAUUCCUGGGUCAUGACCUUGACUCAGGGUUUUUAAAUUUUACCCUAGGGGUUUGUAAUCACUCCACAUAAAAUUUAUGUGUUUGUAAUCACAUAAAUUUUCUGCAUAUACAAUCUGUAAAAUCCUAGGAUUACCCUUACAAGCCUUCCUGCACAGGGGUGUUAGGAUGCAUUGAGGUGGCAGAAAUAUUUACCUUUCACAUACAGAUAUUCAAAGCAAAUGUGGCUACUCUAUUUUUCUAUAAUUUAUCCUAUCUUCCCCAUAAUGAACUUUUGCUGGAUAUCCUCUUUAAGAAAAUUCUCAAAUUUUCCUUUCCUCUGCUUUUUUCCAAGAUAGUAUCUUGCUUCUUUCCAAACUAGUAAAUUGGUACAAUUUAUGUUAUCUCAUGGUGGCAGAGAAGGAAGUUUCCUUAGAUCUGUGCAUUCUUCAAGAGACCUUUGUUGAGUUGUGUUGGAGACUGGUCUGCUUCCUGAACUAUGAUACCAGAAGUCUCUUCUAGAACCCACCAUUGCAGCCCAGGAUCCUGGACAUUUUUACAUAUUAUUAAAAUUCAAGUCUCCUGUGUCUUCUUUGUUCCAAAUAUAGGGUUUUGCUGUUUUACUGUAAUCUAGGCAUCCUUGGAUCCACUCACAUAAGCCAAAUAUGAAUUUAUGGGUUUUGAAGAAUGAAUAAAAGUUUACCAAAAAGAAGAAAAAUCAUUUUAAGUGGAAGGAGAAACAGGAAGAGUGUUAUAUAUACUUGGGGACUGUUACAAUGUUUUGUAACAGUGAGAUAAUUCUGCAGAGUAGAAGUAAGCCGGAUAAUUAAGAGCCCUGAAACAGGCUACUUUUGAAGCUAUGCCUUUUCUGCUGUCGUAGGCGGUGUGGAGGCCAUGAGAAAUUUUGAAUAGAGAGAGGACUUAUAGAUUGGGAGUGUAUUAAAGAUUACCCUGGAACAAUCAGUGUAUAAAGCAGAUGCAGAGGUGAUUGAGACUCCAGAUAAAUACAACUACAAUAAUCCUGCGACAGAUGAUGAGUAUGUGAAGCAGUGGGGAUGGAAAUGAAGAAGAAGGAUAUAUUCAAGAGCAUGUUAGGUUAUUGAAUUGAUGGAGAUGGUGAUUAAUAGAAGCAUGGUGUGAGGGAGAAAAGGAGAGAAAAGGGCAAAGAGAAGAUUUAUGCUUUCUAUUUUGUGGAUCAGGGCAACACUUGUUGGUGCUUCAAUUGCAACAGAGGUUCUGGUUUGGUGGGCACAGCCUUUGAUGAAUUUGUCUCUGGGCCAUGCUUAUAAUGUGGUGAAGAAUAUCUCUGUAGAGCAGUGUGCAGUUUGCUGAGUGAGCUUCAAGAAAUAGCACUGUCACCAUCAUGUGAUUCCUGGAUGACUAUUCAUCGUCUGUCAAGUUGGAGGAGUUCUCCAUAUGUCUGUAAGCGUGUGUGUUCUGACAUUAGCUUCUAGGCCAUUUGUUGCAAUUAUCAGGCAUUCCUGUAGAGAGUUGUGAUUACUUCACUGGUGCUCUUGAAAUAGAGAAGUAAUCAGACAGGACACCAUUGACAGUGACAAGGAUCAAUAUGCUGCUGACAAGGGCGCCCAGGGUAGAGGUGAAUUUGUGGAAAAGACAACACAGACAGUAAUGUGGGGAAGAGCUUGGAUUUUAAUCUUGGCUCUGACACUUGGUAAGCAGGAAAUCUUGGAAAAGUUCCUUAACUUCCCCCUGCUUCAGUUUCAUGAAGGUUUGUUGAGCAGAUUAAAAGAGAAGAUGUAGGCAAAGAUGUAACAAUAGUGGGCCACGAGUGUACUGUAGUUCCUGUUCUUGAUUCCCUUACAGGAUUGUGUGGGGAAGAGAGGGAGUAGUUUUCUGGUAGAUGAUUAGUAGCAAACUUAUGUUCUUUGUGCUUUCAAGUUACAUCGAUCGUAGUCUGUAGCAAAGUGCCCAUAGUAGUUACUCAAUGAAAAGUGUUGUGGAAUAAACAAGUAUGUGAAUACAUUGAAUUCUAGGGACACGUGCCUGAUGAAGUAUUUUGGACAAACUGUAAAUGAAGUCUUUCCAGAAUCACAUUAGCAACAAAAAAAUAAAAAGCAGCAUGAUAGGCAGCAAGGAAUGGCAUCAGUGGAAUCUGGCAUUUUUUAAUGAUCUAUAUUUUCCAAAGAAAUGUUUUGAAGAUAAAAUGCUCCUCUCCCAUACCCAAUCCCUACAUCCUGCUUUCCUAAAUAGCCCAGCAAAGUCUGCCUUUAGGACUGAAUCUAAUACUUCUUAUGACUGAUACAGGAGCAGGGGGUCAACUGUAGGAACCAAAGCCAAAUAAGUGUCUGUUGAAGGAUGGGGUUUGUUUGGUCAGGUAAGUGAUGAGUCAUUUGGCAUCUCCUUAUUGUCUGUGGAGUCUUCCAUGCUAGGGAUACUACUAAAGAAGAAGGCAAGAGCCUGCUUCUCAAAGAGCUUAUAAGUCAGGGAGAUAAGACUUUGGGGAUAAAAUAAUGAUAUAAGGGAAACCAAGCUGAAAUGACAACUAGGGGUGGAAUAAACCCAAGUGAACAAAGUGGUCAUUGAUGGUGUAAACUUCUUUCACUCUCGUUGUCCAGAAAGGGAGCCACACAAGACUCCUUUUACUUGUAGACAGAGAAAUCCAGUUCUGACAGUAAGAUUUGGAGUUGAGGCAAUGAAGCUCGAGGCCUUGUCCCUUCUGACUAGAUAUCAUGUCACUGUCCCUCACUGGUUGUUAAAAACCACAUGUCCUUAGAAGAAUUGCCACAAUCCGUCAUUUCUCUUUUUAAUUCUUCUAAUAUCCAAAGUGCUCCUAUGUUCUCCAAACUGCUCGAUGUCUCAUUCUGUGUCUUUCUCUCACCUGAAGGUCUGCCCUCCCAAGGUCAUAUUUUCUAUUUAGGACCAUUGUCUCUCUCUGAAAAUGCAAGAUGAAAAUAUGUCCCUGUCUUAAUAGCUUCUGUGACCUACUCCAUAUCUUUCCUGGACUGUACUCUUUGCAAGAGUGAGCAUGUGUACUUAGUAUUAAUCACUGAAUAAUCACAUAAACUUUUAAGAUAACACUCUCAUUUUCACAGGAGCCUAUAGCACCUUAGAUAGGAGGGAGUAUUUCAGGGCAGGGCUUUUGGUGCAGGCAGGUUGAUGUUUGCACUCUUCUGAUCCCCUAAGGGAGUAGCCACUAACUAAAUUAUGACUUCAGCAGGCAAGACUUAGGACAGAUUAAUGUAGGGACAUAGUAUCUGAAAAAAGGUGGCCCCUUAAUCUAUCCCCAUCACGUAAUUUCAUACAAAAACAAAACAAUAUUGUAAGAUAAAAGGAAUUUCACUAAUAACAUUCUUACUUUUUUUCAAUGGCAACUAUUUUCAUGCCUUGCUAAGAUAACAGUUAUUUUUUUCAUAGUCUGCCUGUUGGGAAAGUCUAGCUGGCAUCAGACAGAUCUGAGGGAGAAACUUGGCAGGGAAGUGUGACCUCAAUGAGCAAGCCACUCAAGUUUUGACUUCAGGGUUGACAGUGGAAAGUUCACCAACUCUGUGCGCCUGCUAGGCUCAGGUCUUGAGGAAGGGAUGUCUCUGGGUUUCCAUCAGCAUGGUUCCGACUAUACAUGGAAGAAACAUUGGGACCAUAGCAUCUCUGCAGCCCUACAUGGUACUAAUGUCUACUCUUUGACUCAGGUUUGAGGAUUACCAAAGCUCUAGAUGGAACACAGAGCAUGCCCAUGCCCAAGCCUCUAAUCAGCAAUCUCUGUGCAGAGCUUUCUCAGGAGUUAGUCCAAGGUUAUCUAUCACCACUGACUUAGGUUGCCUCUGGGUCACUCCAACUUCAGGCCUUCAAUGGAGUCUUCCCAACCCCCUCAUUCCCUUUUCAGAAAGCUACUCAUGUAAGACAAAAAAAAAAAUUAGGGGUAAAACUUCUAGGGUGGUUCUAUUUCAACCCAAUGGAACUUCAUCUAUUUUUUUUUUCCUUUUAAAAGCAGGAGCUUAAUUUAAACACAGGACACUUAUGCACAUUUUAUGAAUUAUCUUACCUAGGCACAAAAUGGACUCAUUUAUAACUGCUAGCUAAGAUAUCUCAGUUAGCACUCAGAGUAAACUUUAUGUGCCCAUUAUUCCCACUUUAGAGAGAAAGAAUUGAGAUUCAAGGAGUUAAAUAAUUUUCCACAAAUCACUCAGCUAGUAAGUGACUGCGAUUGGAUUUGAAUUAAGGUUUGCCUAACUCCAGAGCCCUAUUCUUCAUUCUCCGUGUUACUAGAUCAAAAUACCUUUCCUGUGACUUUUUGUUUUUAUCUAUUUCAAAUGAAUCGUUUCCAAUAGACUGUCUGAGCACCCUUUGAAACUCAUCUUAAGACCAGAGAGAGAAAAUAAAACAAAAAUGUACAUAGCCUUUUAGAGCACUUCUCAAAAUGUAAUAUGGAGACCCAUCUGUAUCAGAAUCUGAGGUAAUAGUAGGGGAAGGGACAAGACUGUUGAGCCUACUAAAUCUGUUGAUUAGCUGGGCAUGUCCCAAAACAUACUGGGUCUGGAUCUCAGGAAAAGGUUUUAGGCAUAUGUAUUUCUAGUGAAUUUCCCAAAUGAUGUGAAAGCAAACUGAGGCCCUAGCUCUAGAGGGUUGCCUGAUGAGGAAGAAUGAGGGUUUUGGGGAAAUUUUAAUUUCUCUGCAUUACAUCAAAGUUCAAAUGGGGAACAGCUUACCUUCAGGAUUCUAUGGAAUGCAUGUGUUGUUUAUUGUACUUAUAAAAUAGAGACAUCAGAUGUCAUUUCUCAGUGCACUAAUGUGUGGCCAUGGAGUUGAAUGGAAUGACCCAGUUUUCUGAGCCCUGCUCUUUUUUGUUGGCAUGAAGGAAACAAAAAGUCUCAUGGCCCUCAGACCCUGCUGUUGUUAGAGUCAGUAGAUUUGGUAAUAUCUCUCCCUCCAAAGACAUGUAGAUAGAAUUAUGCAGAUUGGAUUGGCAGAGUAAUGGCCCCUGAAACAAACCCAAAAGCGAUAGCCACCCAUCAAAUUGCGUAACAUGGAUCUGUGGCCCAGAGAAAAGAUAUUACGGUUCCAAAUGCAGUUAAAGAAAAUGCUAUUAAUACCACUACUGGUAUAUCAGCACAGUUGCUAAAAGAGUUACUCCUUCAGGAUUGAAGAAGGUCAUAUUAUAUGAAAAGUACAGUCAAUGUUAUUGUUUCUCAAGGAACCAGAUAUAAGUUAAAGGAAAAAUAGUCAAACAAGGCCUAGGAAUAUGUGAACAUCACUAUUCUGUGUCAGAAAUGGAGAUUUGAACUGAUUAAUUUUUUUAAAAAUGGUGUAAAUCAAAUGAUUGGAAAUGUUUCCCUAUUAUUUAUUUAACGACAUAUGCUUCCUAAAUGAUAUUGGAACAUUUGUAUCUUUUUGCAAUUCACCAAACUCCAAGGAAUGGGGAGUAUUCUCAUCCAUGUAUUGCUGAUGGGGAAACCCAGUUUAGAGAAGGUGAACUACUUGCCUGUGGCUACUUGACAAGUGGCAGGGUCCAUCUGGCCCUGGAGCUCUGUGCAGAGCUGCCAUCAUGUGUCCCUCUAUUCCAGCAGAUUCACAUUCCUGCAUUGUCUUUGCUCUCCCUUCAGGGCCUUUUGAACAUCAGGACUAUGUCUGGCCCCAAAUGCAAAUUGCAUCUCUGUGGUUGGCCGCUAUGAUGAAUGCUGACUGCAUCCAAAUUCUCUUGCGUCUGUUUUGAAAAUGAUCCACAGCAAGGGGUUCAGAAGCCUUCCCAGUUCAUUUUCCCUGCUGGUCCUUACAUUCUGAUGGACAAAUCACCAGUGCAGAUGGCCCAUUUUUAUGUUGCGAUAAGGUUUGGUUAAGGACAAAAGGUCUAGUGUUAGACUACUUGAGUGUGAACCCCCCGCUCCUAUGCUUUACUGUAUAAAAGUGAUUUAGUAGUUACUAAGCCUCUAUACUCUUCAAUCUCCUAAUCUGAAAAUAGAUGUGAUGGUUAAAGGGUAAUUAUUCUAAGCCAUAUAUGCUUAGAAUUCUGAAUGCCCACCCCCCAAAAAAAUUAAAUAAAUAAUAAAAUAAUCAAUAGAUGUGGUUGAGUUUUUUGUUAAUAAGUUAUUAGAAAUUUUGAGGCCAACUACAGAUUAAUAUAUAGCAUUACCUGAACAAUCCACAACAAAUGAAACCAACAAUACCUUUCAGUUACAAAACAAGGAGAGGCCUGGUGGCUAAGAGUGUGGAUACAAAGGCCAGACCACUUACCUUCGCAUCUCGGCUUAUCACUCACUAGCUGUGUGACUUUGAGUGGUUUGCUUUUUGUGCCUUAGUUUUCCCAUCUGAAAAAAAAAUGGUGAUGAUUAGAGUAAUUACAUUGCUGGAAUGUUAUGGAGCUUAAAAUAAAUUAGAAUUUGUAAGUGCUUAGAAAACAUUUGUCAAAUAGUAAGAACUGCAAAGCAUUGGUUAACGAGUGCUAACCAAAAAAGGUCAACCUAAGAUAACCAGGAUGAUGCCCUUUCUUAGAAGUGUGGGCUUCUUAACCAUGUGUGUGGCCACAGUAGCUUUGCCAGAUGUUAACCCCAGACGUGCUGACAAAUUCAGGUAAUAUGUUAACUUCAGUUUACAAACACCACAUUUUACUAGCUCUUAGUCUUAAGGCCUCAGAGGCUAACUAGACCAUACAUACAGAUAAAAAGUUCUAUCAUGAGGAACUCAAAAGAAAGAAAGAAAAAGACUUGCAUUUUUAAUUAGUUAUCCACAAACUUAGCUCAGGUUACAGGUUUGUCCUCAGGACUUUCUUAAAGGUUGAGGCAGCUCGAAUUAAACAGAUCAGUGAGGAGCAAAACUGAUUUAUGUUGUUUGAGGCAGGUUAUUUUCCAAAACAUGAUAUAUAUGGAGACCUGAACUUCAGCUCUUUUUACCUUGUGUUUUGGAAGUAACCUGCUGCAGAAAAAGCGGCCAAGAUUUUUUUUUUUUUAUUUUUGUCCACAACUGUUUUGGAGGUAUCGCAUUGACUUAAUCUGAAAUCUUUCAUUAAAACUCUAGCACAAGAUCAUGAAUGACGAUGUUACUCAUUUUCUCUCAGAAUGAGCUCUCCAAACACCCUUUAAUAAUUCAGUAGGCAUAUUUGCCCCUUCUUAAUUGAUAAUGGCUCCUUCUAUUGGUAAAUCCAAGGAAGGGUGCAAGUGCCCUUGUUUAGAACCCAGUGCACCUAGCCAUUCAGUGAAGCAUUGGAGUAGCUUGUUCAACUAGAAAAUCUUACUAAAGAAUGAGCUUUACCUAUCUAGCUUAGGAGUGAGAUAAGCACAGUAGCAAACUAGCCCCACGGAUUGGACAAUGACCCCUUAGUGACCUUCAGGAUCCAAGACAUUUUCCUCAGAUUUGAAACCAAAAUUAAAAUGUCAUGCACAGAACACACACUUGCAUAUAUAUGACUCUCUGAGAUUUUUCAUUUUUUUAAUUAGGAAUACCUUUGUGAAGAUAUGAGACUUUAUUUUUCUCAAGGAAUUGGGGACAUUUAUUCUCCCAUUCUGAAGGUAGGUAAAUACUAUUGCCAUUUUCCAGAGGAUAGUCUUAGGAAAGGUAGAUAUAUUGCUAAAUAAAUGACUACUUUUUAAUCUUAAUAGCUUACCACUUGUCUUCAUUAAAGUGAUUCAGUUUACUAAUACAAGCUGAGUAUGUAUUUCUCAGCAACUAUCAGGAAUCCUCUUCAGAAUUGUUUCAGGCCAACUCUCAUUUACCUGUUCUGCUCUUUUUAAAAAUUAUUAUUAUGGAGCUUUAUAGUUAAACAUAAUAGUUGGGUUCAUUCCAACAAACUCAUACAUGCAUGGAAAUCAAUUUCCAUCUGUUCUGCUCUUUCUGUGCUCCCUUUCUUAUGUUUACAGUGUGCUCCAUGUUGUCCGCAUACUAUAGCUCCUGUCCUUCUUUGGAUCUGUGACCCACUUUCAGUUUUGUUGUCUAUGGCAGAUGCUGUUUGUGCCUCUCCCUAUCCGCUUGACAUUUUCUGGUCUCUUCUAUGCGAUGGCUUCAUACUGAAAACACCACCACUCUCUGCCCAAGUGCUUUCUCAGGCUUCAUAAGCCUACUGAACCUCCUCCCAUGGUAGGCAGAAGUCCCAGGGAGUUAACCCCUAUGAGGAACAUCACCAAGGACAGAUGGGAGUUGGUGGCUAAAUGCCCCAAAUUCCUCACCUCAAAAUGAAGUGAUUCUGAGAGUCUUUCAGAUACUCUCCUGAACUCAGUUUUCCCUACCCCCACUGCUACUUUCUGGAAUUACCUUUUGAACAAAUAAAUCCUACUUUAGUCCUUGGGGUAUUUCUGUAUGUACCCAACCUACACUACUAUCUCAGUUUUAACAUGAACUUUCUCCACUAUCAGGUAUUGGGUUUGUAUCUGUCUCCCAAAACCUAAGGUAAGAGAUGCUCAGCCCUGAAAAGUUCUAGCAUAAUUUCAUGAGAAAUGUCCUAGAUACAACUGAUCUUCACCCAGGUUCCUCUAGGGGGAAGAACCUUGAGACAUUGCAAUUAGCUAAAUUGAUGUGCAAGUUCAUGAUAUAUGCAAGUGAAUAUGUUAAGUACACAGUUUGUGGAGAAAUUUCCCAAAUUACUUGGUUGUUUCAGCAAUCAUUUUGUGUAAACCUGGCUUGAUAUGAAGAGGAAGAACCAUAUAGUGGUAAAGAGGUUGGCCUCUGAAAUCUCACAGAACUGGGUUCAAAUUCUUGUUUUGAUUCUUAUCAUUCAUGUGACUUUGGGGUAGUAGUUCCUUUGGGUAUAAAAUGGGAAAUGAUAAUACUAGAACCUACCUCGAUAAUUAUCAUGAGACUUUAAUGCCAUAACACUAAUAUCAUUAUCAUAAAAUCUGGCACAUUCAACAAGUAUAGCAAUUGUUUUUUAUUAUUCCUUAAGGCAUAAUAUGCCAUAAUAUGUUCACAGACAUAAAAUAGGACAUUAGGCCCUAUUUUAGAAUGAGAAAGGUCUAUCAAAAUGAACACACAAAACAACAGAUCUCCUGCUACCUAAUAAAUGGAACUUUGGGGACAAAAUAUGAUUCCUUUGAAUCAAAACAUUGCUCUUUUCUUAGUAUGGUUUCCUUCAAGCAGAAGCUGACAUGAACAUUGUUAUGCAAGUGACUUAUUGCAGUAGAGUUCUCUGGUGAAACCUUUCAGGAAGUGAGAGAAGCAAGAUAGGGCAGUAUAAGUAGCUAAGCAAAAUUAACAUUCAGCUGAACUUAGAAUUUAACCUAAUCCCUAAUCCCAGGGAGCUCUGGAAAGUGAAUGGCUCUGCAGAAUUAUUUUGCCUAGAGAAAAAAGACAGCCCUUUAGUACCCCAUACUAGACAGUCCUUAUUUGUGAUGCACUUCCAGAGGGAAGGCACAACUUCCCAAAGAUAUCCAGGGGAGGUGGCUUUCAUUUGCUGAGCACAAUUCUCAGCAGAAGGGCACAGCUGUGAACUAUUUGCAGCCAACACUCCCAGCAGCUGGGAGAUGUAUGCACUGUUUGGUAAAGAGGACUUAAAAUGGGGCAU